AUAAACUACAUUUCCCACAAGGCACCGGGGCUGACGGCGCUGAUUUUCCCCCCCACACACCAAGCCAGAGGCCGUCCCUCAAGGCCUUUUGGGAGUUGUAGUCCCAGCCUAGAAGGCGGCGACUUCCCCUGCAUCUCUAUGGCUAGGUACCAGGGUUUCCAGCCAUCCAGAGGGCACCCAGCCUGCCGCCGGGGGCCUAGGGAGGGGAGGGGUCUUGGCUGUGGAAGCCAAAGCAAAGCAAAUGGCUUCCCUCUGGUGGGAAAGUUCUGAGGCGAGAAGACCGGCUCUGUGACGACACGCCACCCCCGGGGGUUCUCGCGUUGCCGCCCAAUCAGAUGGAGAUGGGCUUCCGGGCGGAGCCGAGGGAAGCAGCCCGGGGAGAUAGUUUUUUGGGGAAUUGGGGACCCUCCCCAGGUGGGAAGCUCGAGAAGGGGCGCGGCUGGAGUGCUUUGUAGAGAGAUGAUCCCGUGACUCGGGGCUCAGUGGGAAAGCCCACGCGAGCCCCCGACAGAAACCUUAACCUUGGUCGUGGGGAACAUACUUAGCGCAGAAGGACGUGGCCCCGACUUCCUCUUUAAAAGCCCCCCCGAGCCUGGACUGAGUUCAGCGGACCCUAGUGUUUGAGCGCCCAGUGCCCACCUGCUCUCGGUCUGGGGUGAGGAGUCCCUUCCUGGCGGUGUUGGAGACCUGCGCCAUUGGGCCUGAAUGGGGCUCUGGUUUGCCGUCCUCCUGGCGGCUCUGGCUAAUUGCCUGCUCCCCGCGAGGUGCUGCAUCAUUUGUGACCGUUUGGUCGUCACCGCGCUCAAAUCUUUAGAGAGAGAUUACCUGCCUGGCCACCUGGACACCAAGCAUCACAAAACCUUCAUGAAAAGGGUCCUGGAUGCGGUCAAGGAUUUCAAGGAUCUCCCGUUGGAUGAGACCAGCUUUAUGGGGGCCAUUGAUGAAGACACCCUGGAACAGGCAUCCUGGAGUUUUCUGAAGGAUCUGAAGAGAAUCACAGACAGUGAUGUGAAAGGAGAGCUCUUCGUGAAAGAGCUGUUCUGGAUGCUUCAUCUUCAAAAGGACACAUUUGCCAACUAUGCUAUUCAGUUUCAAAAAGAAGUUUAUUGUCCCAACAAAUGUGGUAAAACAUUUUUUUUAAUUCUGUACCUCAGAGGUUACUUGUUCUCCACAGUACUCUUUAGGUUGGAUUUCUUGGGGACGAUGUUGCAGGUUCUGAUCUGGUGCAACGAAUGUGAGAAGCAGGUCCACGCUUGUCGGAAGUCCUACGACUGCGGAGAGCACAGCGUGAAGGUGCACGAGAUGGAAGACAUCAUCCUGGACUGUCACCUCAAUUGGCACCAUGCUUCCCAAGGCCUGGCGGACUACAGCUUUUACAGGGUUUGGGGGAACAAUUCUGAGACCUUGGUGUCCAAGGGGAAGGAGCCCAUCAUGACCAAGCCCUUAGCCGGUCCCGACGACGCAGGCAACUAUCGCUGCGAGCUAGGCACCGUGAAUUCCGGCCCAGCCACGAUCAUCCGGUACCACGUCACAGUGUUGCCACAAAGGGGGGUAUCAGAGGACUCGCUGAGACACGUUGUAAGCGAAGAUGAGGAGUCUGACGAGUUAAGCCCAGCAGACUCGAUUCCCUGGCAUGAGACUACCAUCUUCCCGACUCGUAAGCCAAGGAAGAAGCUGAAAGGUGGCCUUUUAGCGCUAGUGAUUAUCAUCUGUGUGCUCGUGCUAUUCUGCUGCAUUGCCUCGUGAGCGACCGACGGCGGAGGCGGGGCCCUGCGGGGAUGGGCGUGGUUUCCCGUAGCCAAUCAUGGAGCAGCCCUGGGGGCUGAGCGCCUCCCCGAGGGGGUGGGGCUUCCGUGGGGGGCGGGC